CGUAUAGUUGAUCAUCCGCUUUGUUUUCUAACGUAUAGUUGAUAUCACUGAGAAACUUCGUUACAAAAGCAACACAAAUUUCAACAUUUUACUACUGCUAGCUUUCUUUGCCUCUCUGUUCUUCAAUGGCGAUUCGCUCUCUGCUACAAUGCAGAAAAUGGUCUAAAAGUGAAUGGCUUGUCGCUGCAAUCGGACUAGUCUUGAUCGUGUUUUCCUUUUCUUUCUCCGUCGAUUCAACUUCAGACUCCUCCGUUGAUCGUAGCGACCUAGUUAAACUGAAGUUGUCGAGUAAAGCUAAAGAGAGAGGAGCUUUUUGCUUGGAUGGAAGCUUGCCUGGUUAUCACUUUCAUAAGGGUUCAGGAUCUGGCUCCAAAAGCUGGCUUCUUUUCCUAGAGGGUGGAGGCUGGUGUAAUACUAUAGAGUCAUGUUCUUCUCGAGCAAUGACUAGCUUAGGUUCUUCCAGCUUCUUUGAACAUAAAGUGGCCUUUCAAGGUGUUUUAAGCAGUGACCCAUCUCAAAAUCCAGACUUCUUUAACUGGAAUAGAGUUCUGAUAAGGUACUGUGAUGGUGCUUCUUUUGCUGGACACCCUGAAGCUGAAUUCAAGAAUGAGACGCGGCUUUUCUUUCGCGGCCAGCUCAUUUGGGAGGCAAUUAUGGAUGAACUGUUGUCGAUGGGCAUGUCACAUGCGAAACAUGCAAUUCUCACAGGAUGUUCUGCAGGUGGCUUGGCUACUCUUAUACAUUGUGACUACUUUCGUGAUAAUCUGCCAAGAGAUGCAGCUGUUAAAUGUGUUUCCGAUGGAGGCUAUUUUCUCAACGUGCCUGAUGUGCUUGGAAACCCAACAAUGGGAUCUUUCUUUCAUGAUGUUGUUACCCUGCAGGACGUAGAUAAGAGCUUGGAUCAGAAUUGUGUAGCCAAAAUGGAACCAUCUAAGUGUAUGUUUCCUCGAGAAUUCAUUAAAAACAUAAGAACCCCGGUAUUUCUUGUCAACGCAGCCUACGAUUAUUGGCAGAUUCAAAAUGUCCUGGUACCAGAUUCUGCAGAUAUAGAUGAAUAUUGGGCAAUGUGUAGACUCAAUAUUCAGGAAUGUGAUGCCGCCCAAAUGAAAGUUCUACAUGGUUUUCGCAGUUCUCUAAUGGAUGCGAUCGGAGAAUUUCAUGAGAACAAAGAGGGUGGGAUGUUUAUAAAUUCGUGCAAUUCUCAUUGCCAGAUAAGAGAGUCAUCAUGGCACUCCCCAACCUCACCAAGAAUCGAAAAUAAGACGAUUGCAGAGUCUGUAGGUGAUUGGUACUUCAACCGAAAACCAGUGAAGCUGAUCGAUUGUCCUUACCCGUGCAAUACCUCUUGUUGAACAUGGAUUUCCCCUGCAGAAACUUGCCAUGUUAAUAAUGAGAACAUAAAUAUGAACCUGCUGCAAUAGUAACUGUACCGAUUCAAACGUAAGCGGAUUGAUACAA